UAAUCUAUGCCAGCAAUUAUGACAAUGUUAGCGGACCAUGCAGCUCGUCAGCUGCUGGAUUUUAAUCAGAAACUGGAUAUCAAUCUUUUGGACAAUGUGGUGAACUGCUUGUACCAUGGAGAAGGUGCACAGCAAAGAAUGGCUCAAGAAGUCUUGACUCACUUAAAAGAACAUCCUGAUGCAUGGACAAGAGUUGAUACUAUUUUGGAGUUCUCUCAGAAUAUGAAUACCAAAGUAAGCAAAUAAACUUCUAUUUAUUUGGUUUUCAUCUUUCUUCCACUCAUGAACUUUGAGGAAGGUAUCUCAUUUUUAGCCGUAGACUCUUUAUUCAAACCACGUUUUCAUUGUCUUAUUCCCAAAGGCGGAUUUAAACAGAAACUAUAAAUGGAUAAAAUAUUUAAA